UUUUAAUUAUUUUUAAUUUGUUCGAAUUUUUAGUUUUUAUUAUUUUAUACAAAAAGAUUUUUAAUCGGCAAAGGAGGAUGUCAAAUAAUAACGAAAAUAAAAAUUUGCAGAAUAUCCAGCGAAUCGACAUAACGGAGAACAAUUGGAAGACCAAAGAUCAAGUGGGGCCGUUGUUUGUUUACAAACGUUUGGAUUAUCCGCACUACGCAAUUAUGAUCGCCAACCGCCAGUCGUUGGAGGACUUUGUUCAACCAAUUGAAGAAACCUCUAGUUCCAUCGGUGGUAUUUGGAUUUAUGGGGAAGAUGAAUGCAAACGAAUUUUUGCGUCUAUUCAAAAAUUGCGAGAUAUUGUUGUUAGGGAAGAGGCAUGUUUUGAUUCAAACAUGAAGGCGGAAUCUGCAAAAUCGCCAGUAAAAACAAAUGAAACUUCCAAUUUCAAGAAGCCAGAUGAAGUCAUCAAGGUUGCUGUGAAGACGCCAGAAAAGAUUAUUGAAAAGACAACUCCAAAGAAGCCGCCGGAGGUUAAAACUGGAGUCAAAACGGAAGUUAAGAAGACUGAGGCUAAUGCUAACAUCAAAAUAUCACCGACCAGCAAUGAUAGCCGCUUAAAUUUUAGACCGUUAAGAACUUUGGAUCCAUCAAAAUUGAUGAAGAAAAAUGUGAAGAAUAUCAAUACGAAGCCUCCGGCUAGUGUUGAACUGCCGAAACAACAUCAGCAACCACCUCCCACUCCAAAAAUUAUGUCAAGGGUUCAAUCAAUUAAUAAUUUUGUAAGAGAGGUUGAUUUGCCUAAAACAUCUGAUAUUGCUGCGGCAGCUGCUUCUGUUUUGCCUGAGAUCAUUCAAGAAAAUGGACGAGGGGGAGAUAUUGGAAUUUUGAAGAUGAUUUUGUUAGAAUUUAUUAAGCGUAUAGAUCCAUUUGCUUGCCGUCUUUUGAAUUAUUUACCUCGUGCCGCUUUGUAUGAAUACGAUUCUCUCGAAAAGAAAUGGAAACGAACAGAAACGGAAGGACCAUUUGUCGUUUUCUCGCGAAUUGACGAGCCAUUUUAUUCUUUGUUGGUGAUUGAUCGUAAACAACGAGGAAAGGAAGAUUUUCUGCAACCGCUUGUUCCUGGCAUUAAACUUACUAAUAAGUCUCCAUAUAUUUUUAUUAGCGGCAGGCAAGAUAAUAUGGUGUUCGGACUUUGGCUUCAGGAUCAGGAUGACUGUACGCGCGUUUAUCACGAUUUAUCUGCAUUGUUGAGUGAGGUUAAUAAAUUGAAUGAGGAACAUAUGCCGCCGACCAUUGAUAUGUUGUAG